UUAUUUGACAGAUGAGUUUAAGCAAGGCCCAGGGGCGUCAAGUCAACCAAAGACAAGCAACAUGUCGAUUUGCGUUGCACCUCCCUAUUUGUCAGUUGAUGAAAGUAUCCUUACGAAGGAUAAAUUUCACCUUAUCAUUGGAAAACAUUCUUGUGAUGCUAACAUCUCAAUACACCGUGAUAAAAUCACUUAUCAGACCGUAAAUGGAGCACAGUUGAAAGGAGACAGCAUAGCGUUCUCUGACAUCGUUGGAUGCCGAAGAAUCGGGGGAGCUGUCGACCAGCAGUCGCUAAAGGAAUGCAGCGGUGAUGGUACAACAAGAAAGCAGAAAACAAGGUCGACGAGAUAUGAAUUAAAAUACAAGAGUAUAUGCUUGCAGAUUUUUGUUUACAUGUAUAACAAAAAUCCUAAAAAUGGUGGAGUACGCCGGAGAAAAGAGUUGACUUUGAUAGCUGAAGAAUUUGAGAUGCAAGAGGAGAAUGCUGCAUUGGUUGAGAAAUGGUACCUCACAAUUAGCGCUCUUCUUCGAGGAGUAGAGUUUGCAAGUAUGAAUGAUUUGAAAGAAUCCCUUAUACCCAAACCCCCUCACUACUUGGUAUGCAUCAAUCCAUUCAGUGGUAAAGGUAAAUCACAUGAACUCUUUAAGAAUGAAGCCAAGCCUAUACUCGAAGAAGCUGGAAUCACCUUCAAAGAAAUUAUUACAGAAAGGAAAGGUCAUGGUCAUGAGUUGGCAGUCAAUCUAGAUCUGAAUCAGUACAAUGGUGUCAUCAUUGUUUCUGGUGAUGGGCUGGUAUAUGAGUUCAUCAAUGGGUUUGGAGAGAGACCAGACAGAGAAGAAGCAUUUAAGAUGCCAAUUGGUAUUAUCCCAGGUGGUUCUGGAAACGCUCUAUGUUCAGCCAUUUUGUCAACCAGAGGUGAUUCUGUCAUGAAGAAUAUAGUGUGCCAUGCUGCUGUUGCUAUUGUCAAGGGUCAGGCUUACCCAAAGGACCUGGUACGAAUCGAGACCAGCCAUCAAACAGUCCUUUCAUUUCUAUCUGUAGCUUGGGGUCUCAUAGCUGACAUUGACAUCGAGAGUGAACGAUUCCGCUUCCUUGGCGGAACAAGAUUUGCAGUUGGGACAGUUCAAAGGAUUUUGUUUCUCCGUAAGUAUCCUGGGCGACUGUCGUUUCUUCCCAUCAAAGACGAGUCCAAGUAUCGUCAUCUCUGGCAAGUAGAAGACAAGAAACUUACUAGUGCUCAGGAUGUCAAUGUGAACAAAUGCCAACAGAGGGAGCAAGAAGAUGUCAAGGUACAGCCAGAGGUUGGUGGGAACCGUAACUCCAACCAUAAUGUAAAUGCCAGUUUGUCCAAUGAAGGUGCUGCUGCUGCUGUAUUGGAUGAUAUGAGUGAACCAGUGAUGCCAUCCUUAGAUGAACAGGUGCCUUCAUACUGGACCGUCAUUCAAGGUGAUUUUGUUUGUGUUCUUAUCUCAUACGUCUCUCACAUAUCCAAUGACUUUAUCAACCAUCCUGGUCGGGCAAUGGAUGAAGGUGUCAUAAUGUUACAGUAUAUGGACGUCCGCACAAACCGCAAGAAACUCAUUGGUACCUUAGAUAAAUUCAAGACUGGAGAGUUUAUGAAAGAGGAAUUUGUUGUAUCAAGAGUUGUGAAGGCUUUCAGACUUGAGCCACUUACUAAAGAUGGUAUCUUGACUGUAGAUGGAGAGAGAGUCAAGUUUAGUCCAAUUCAAGGAACAUUGACAACUUUUAAAUGCCACUGUAUAAUGUAACAACUCACCUUUUCUCCUUUGACUAUAACUACGAUGUACACAAUUCAGAAUUUAUAAUAGUCUAAACUUGUUUGAUCCAUAGUACAGUGUAUGUGGGCAUUUUUUAUAUGAAAUGUGAAUAUUAAUACAAUUAUAUAGUUUAAUAUUUUCAUCAGUAUUACAGUGUAUGUGUUUCUGGGAAUGCCUUGCUGUAAUAUCGUCUGUUUUGUGCUGACCAGGUAUUUUGAUUGAAUCUCAUUGAGACAAAAAUCUCCUGCAUUAUGUUUGUGUAAAAACUCAAGACACCAGUUUUCAUUUUAGAAUAAUCAGUAGGAAUUAUGAGAAAUGCUGAGCUCUCAAACUGUUUAGCCAGUAUAAUAACUCUGAUUGCUGGAGAAUAUGCUUUGAUUUUCAAUGCAACAUGACAGGGUACUUGCCUUGCGCCAAGGCCAAAUUAAAUAAAUAUAAAUGUGCAAAGGCUCUCCUGUUCACAUUAUAACUAGUGUACUCAUUUUACAUGUACCUGUAAUGAUUGACAGCGUACAGGAAAUUUUUAAAUGGCUUCCUGAAUCACCUACUAAAAAACAGCUAAAUAUUCUGAUGAGAUUAAAAGAGAGCACCGCGGAAGACAUGUCAUGCUAGAUGUCUUUGGGGCUGCCGUCCAAGCUGCCAAGCAACAUAUGUAAACCUGUGUGGUUUAAAGACAAAAGCCCGUAUUCUGAAGUCGAGUUUAACUUAAACUCCGGUUUAAAGUUGUGGUUUAAUUAUGGAUAGCCAAUUGUUACAUAAAUCACUAAUGGUAGAUAUAUCAUAUUUCAGCUCAUUUGGCUCUCAAAUCAUUCAUAAUUGUCUAGGAAGUAUAAAUAGAUGAUUGUCUUCACCAUCGAUGAAUCAGGAAAGAUCACAGCAAACAUAAGAAACAAUACAACUUAAUAAAAUUUUGACACUUUUGGCUUCCCAUAAUUUUAGCACAGAGUUAGACCAUGGUCUAAGUUAAACCUGUCUUCAGAAUACGGGCCACAUUGUCGAUGGCAUUCAAAGGUUGGUUCAGUAUGCAAGAUCUCCUUAUUGGGAAUUGGGAAUCUCCAUUCAGCAAUUCUUGAUUUGAAGGGCAAGUAUCUAAGUUAAGUAUAAAGCACCAAAUCUACUCACUCUGCAGGGUGCCCGGGGUGCAAAGAGAGUUGAGAAGAAAAUAGAACGGUUUUCAGCAGAUAUUUGUCUCGCUUGCAUAGCAGAACUGGGCCCCGUCUUACAAAGAGUUAGGAUUGAUCCACUCAAAUGUCAACUGUAUGGAAAUCCAUCCAUAGGCCUACCCUAAUUUUUUCCCUCAAGAAAUUGGCACAAUCUCCUUAGAAAACAAAGAGAAUCACACUGAAUCUCCAAGAGACCGAUGAAUGUAUGAAUAUACAUCAUAUCUAGAAAAUAUUUUGAACAAAUUUGCAUUUUAGAUGUUGACGUUGCUUGCCAUCCAUAGUUGUGGUUGAUUGAAUCAAUCGCAGCUCUUUGUAAGACAGGGCCCAGAAUUGUAUGCACCGCUUUUUAAACGGCGAUGGCGUCAUUAAUAUUGAAAUCUUAAUCAAGGUUAAGUUUUUUAAAUGUGGUAACUUAGAAAGUAUAUGGACCAAUUUCAUGAAACUUGAAUGGAAGAGUAAUCAAGUAUCACUGAGCAUCCUGAGUUUCAGGUCAUAUUGCCAAGGUCAAAUGUCAUUUGGGGUCAAUGAAAUUAGGCUAUGGUGGGGGAAUCCACAUCUUAAUCUUAACCAAAUUUAAGUUUUUUGAAAGUCAUCAUAACUUUUAAAGUUUCAUGGAUACAGUUUAUGAAGCGUGAAAAUAGGGGUAAUCAAAUAUCGCUGGUUGUCUUGCAUGAGCAUUAGGUCAUAUGAUUCAGGUCAAAAGUCUUAAAGGGUCAAUGAACCUAGUAUUUUGUUGUCAUAUGAAUGUUUUUUGUGAAUAAUUAUUCAUCUGCUGCUGCUAUAUUGAAUCUCAAAAUGCAGGCGAGACUGCCAGAGGCAAUCCACUUGUUAAAGAUUCGACAGAGAUAAAAGUUUUGAUGACUUUAGGAAGGCUAUUCUACAAAGUGGGGCAUGCGUGAAUAAGGAUCUUUCUCUGCAAAUUUUUGACAUUUUGGGAAUAAUAAUUUAGUUACAUGUACAUGAGCAUUCCACUUUAUUAAAUCAUUCUGAAUUGUAAUUCCUAAGAUUUUCACUGUAUUUACACAGUGUAAUGGGGUGUUAUUUAUAUAGAUCAAUUGUGGUUGCUUUGAAAAUGAAAUUGACAUUGUAGAACAUUUUGAUGCAUUGAGUUCCAUAUCAUUUUGAGAAGUCCAUGAUUUGAGUAAUUCAAUUUCCGUUUGUAUUUGUGAAGUUUGAUUAUUCCGCAUACAUUCGUAAUUCCGAAGGUUCGUUAGUCCAAAAACGAAAUGAGGUUCGUAAUUCCGAAGGUUCGUUAGUCCGAAAACGAAGUGAGGUUCGUAAUUCCAAAGGUUUGUUAAUCCGAAAACGAAAUGAGGUUCGUAAUUCCGAAGGUUCGUUAGUCCGAAAACUAAUGAUUAACGAACCUAAUUUCGUUUUCGGAUUAACGAACCUUUGGAACAACAAACCUUAUGUCGUUUUCGGAUUGAUGAACCUUCGGAACAUCGAACCUUAUUUCGUUUUUGGAUUACCAAACCUUCGGAAUAACGCCACAAAUGUUCGGAUUAAAGAACCCUUUUACGUUUUCGGAUUAACGAACAUCGAGGUUUAGGCAAUUUACGUGUUUCGGAAUUACGAACCGUCGGAAUAAAGAACCUUCGGAAUUACGAAGUGUAACCGAUUAUUCAUUCUGCACUCUACCAUGGUUUAGUCAUCUUUCAGUUUUGGAAGAAUAAAAUGUAUAUUUUGUAUCGAAUGAAAAUAUCUGAGUAAUGUAUAUAUGCUUUGGAAUAUAUAAUUAUUAUACAGUUUAUUUAUAAGAAAGCUUGUAUGACAACUAAUCUGUGCACUGCACACUAAUCCAUAUGUUAUGUAAAUGAUUGAAUAUAAAUGUGUCUUUCAAAAGGUAGUUUUAAAAAACUCAUAUUUUUCUGUGUUUGUCACUUAGUACAUUUUUACAGUAAUUAUCCAUGUAGCCUUACUCUGAAUGAAGUUAUUUGUAAUUUCCUUUAAUUUUUUAUCAGUUU